UUUGACAUUCCAAUCUUCUUCAAAUCUAGACAUUUUUAUAUAAAGGAUGAUUCUUCAUCAAGAGAAAUACAAAUACCAGUGUUCAUAGCAAGAUUCAUCAGAGAGAGAGAGAGAGAGAUGGCUGCCCUGUCGGACAAGCAAGCGGAGGCUUACAUCGAUGCGAGGCCGAAAUAUCCGAUGGAUUGGUACAGAAAGCUCGCGGCCAGAACGCUCGAGCACAAGGUGGCUUGGGACGUCGGAUGCGGCAACGGCCAGGCCGCCGUCGGGGUGGCUGAAUACUACGACAAGGUCGUGGCAACAGACAUUAACGAGUUACAGCUCAAGAGAUCGUUCAAACAUCCGAAAGUGACUUACCGUCAUACUCCAGCUUCCAUGUCCGAUGACGAGCUGGUCGCUCUCGUCGGCGGCGAAAACUCCGUGGAUCUUAUCGUGGCCGCUCAGGCCGUACACUAUUUCGACACGGUUAGAUUCUACAACGUAGCAAAACGCGUUCUUCGCAAACAGGGCGGCUUAAUCGCGGUUUGGGUCUACAACGACCUCAUAAUCACGCCCGAGGUUGACCGCAUCAUGAAGCGUUUGGUGGAUUCCACGUUUCCGUUCAGGACGCCGAUAAUGAAUCUGGCGUUUGACGGAUACAAAACGCUGCCGUUCCCGUUCGAGAGCGUGGGGAUGGGGUCGGAGGGGAAGCCGAUAGCUCUGGACAUUCCGCAUAAGCUUUCGCUCAAAGGGUUUGUGGGUUUUUUGAGAUCGUGGCAGCCUGCGGUGAAGGCCAAGGAACAAGGGGUCGAGCUAAUAACCGAAGAUUUGAUCAAGCAGUUCGAGGACGCGUGGGGGGACGAUGAACCGGUCAGGAAUGUGUUCUACAAGGGUCACAUGAUCGUCGGGAAAGUUCCGGUCUCGGAGCAGAGAAAGCGACCGUGUGAAUCUGGCUGUGCCUGCACGACAUUGAACGACUGUAACAAGUCAGUUGUCGUGGCAUCAGUGACUGCAGCUGCAUUUGCUGGAUUGGCGGCCUAUUGUGCUUAUCAGGCGAGGAAGAACACUUAAUUAUACAUAUAUAUGUAUAUAUAUAUAUGUAUGUCUUGACGAUGUGUUAGAAUUCGAGUGGUGUCUGUUCAACUCCAAGCGUUUUCUUUUUUUUUUCUUCUUCUUUGUUCGCUUUCUUAUUUUCUUUCUAUUGAAAAAAUAAAGUUUAUAUUA